AUGGGACCGUGCUGCAGUACAUUGAGCAACCAGGAUGUUAUUCCGAAAACACCUAAUGUAGUUGUUGGUACACCGGUGGUCGAGGAACAUAUUCUGAAAGAAAUUAAUGAAGCUGUCACCAAAUCGGUCGCCAAAAUUACUGCAGCCUACAAAGGUGAACGGAUACGUAUUGUGGAAAAGAUGCGAAAGGCAGCACCUGAGCGACAUGAAAAUCUCCUGUAUUACGAUUAUCCAGAUAAGAAUGGAUCAAAAGUUAAUGAAUUGGCUCUUCAAAAUGUUACAUCGGAAGUUGCGAAGAAAAAAAUUUCCCAAGGGAUAUAUGAACAAAUUAAACCCAAACUCGAUGAGAAAACAAGCGGGGAUCCUUUGGGACGUGAAGCUUUACACAAAGUAGUAGAAAAAACCAUCGAAGUGUCAGUCAGUAAAGCCGUCGAUGCCACCAUGAAAACCAUCAACACCAAUGAUACGGAACCAGUAUUAGAAAAUCAGUAG